UUGGUGCCCAUUGUGUGAGGUGUCAGUUGAGGGAUUUACGGGGGCUCAGCUCCAACCAAAAAUAUUUUCGUAUAUAGAGAGCGGAAGCUUCUUCUCCAUGCUCAUAUCUUACUAGGAUACUGCAGUACCCCACAAGACGAGAGAGAAGGAGAGGCGAUUCGGUUGGUUUCAAAAAGUGGACUAGGAGCUCAAUCUGAUGGAAUAAUCUAAUAAGCCAACACCCUGACUGCUCAAAUCCCUCCAGGCCUCCAAUUCGAAUAAAUUUGGUCCAAAUUCUUCGGAAACAUGGGUGAAAUUCCAGAGCCAGAGGGUGCCAAGCUGACGCCGGAGCCAUCGUCCUGCCUCAGCCUGAGAGUCUUCUAUCUGAAGCUGAGCAGGUGCGAGCUGAACGAGUCCAUGCUGGACACUCUGACCAUCACCCACACCCCGCUCACCUCCGACACCGUCCUGGAAGCGAUCGGCGACAGGGCAAUCACCAACGACGGCGGCCAGGUCUCGUGCCCACUCCACAGAGACCGCGUCAACGCGGCGUCGUCGCGAGAGGCCACCUUCGUGAGCACGGAGACCGUGAGGAUGGCAGGGAGCGUGCGCUUCGAGGUCCGGGUCGGCAAAGACGAGAAGCUCCUCGUGGGGAUCAUGGAGAUGUGCGACGUGCCGGACGGCUUCGGCCGGGUGGAGAAGAAUGGCUGCUGGGUGAUGAAGUGCCAGGUCGCGAUGCAGCGCGGGUCGGGGUUUCUGAAGGGCGGCGGGGAGGACGCCAAGUCGCCGAUGAUCGAGGUGUACGUGGCGAGCAUGUUCCGCGGCAGUCCGAUCGUCUUCACCAAGGCGAUGAAGCUGCGGUUCAGGACGAGGAGGCGUCAGGUGAAGGCGCCUUUCAUGGAGCCCAUCCCUGAAUGCGGCGAGCACGCCGAGGACGCGAAAGAAACGCCGCCGGCUGUCCAGAAGCAUGACCCGCAGGAACUAUCGGAGUACCGGUGCUACAAACCGGAGCUGGGCAUUGACGACGUCGACCUCGACAGCUUGUACGCGCGAACGGCUGGCCUGGAAGGAGAGGACAGCGAGCUCUCGUGGUUCACCGCCGGCGUCAGAAUCGGCGUCGGCAUUAGCCUAGGCAUCAUCCUCGGCGUCGGCGUCAGCGCUGGGCUUCUGGCACGUUCUUACCGGUCUACAUCCAGGAGUCUGAGGCGCCGGUUAAUCUCGGGCCUGCUCUGAAACGGCAGCCGAUAUUCCAACGCAGGGAACCAAGAGGUCCAGGACACAAUGUGACUCUUUUUAGGGAAAAAGAAGGAAAAUUAGUGUGCAUGGAGAUUUCUGAUCUGGACUGUGUUUGUACAUUCUUCUGCCUGUUAUAUAGAAACACUCAUCUUUUUCUAAACAGAA